AUGGCGGUCCUUGUCUUUGCAGAAAAAGAGAUAUCCGACCACGUCGAAGGGUUGGACGGAACUGGUCCCGGGAAUGUGCCAGUCACGGAUCACCAAGAGCUGUCCUCUCUGUCAGCCACUGAGUUGGCUUCGUACAACCGGAAGAUGCUGGUCAAACUGGAUGUGGUUCUCGUACCCAUGAUGGCAAUGCUGUACCUGUUGGCGUUUCUGGAUCGUGCCAACAUAGGGAACGCCCGUAUUGCCGGUCUUCAAGAAGACCUUCAAAUGACCAGUCAUCAAUACUCAACCGCGGUUACUGCCACAUAUGUGCUCUAUAUUGCUGCCGAACUUCCGUCGAACUUGAUAUUGAGGAAAAUUGGACCUCGCCUCCUCUUGUCCGGCUUGUGCUUUUGUUGGGGCGUCGUCACAACCUUGCAAUCGCAGGUCAACAGCUACUCUGGCCUGCUGGUCGCUCGGCUCAUCCUGGGCAUGGCUGAAGGAGGCCUAUUCCCCGGCAUCAAUCUCUAUCUCAGCAUGUUUUAUCGACGAGACGAACUUCAACUGCGCAUUGCCCUCUUCUACUCUGCUGCCGCCCUGAGUGGAGCAUUUGGCGGUUUACUGGCAGCUGCAAUUGAGAAGAUGGACGGAAUUGGAGGCCUGGCUGGUUGGCAAUGGAUCUUCUGCCUUGAAGGCCUCUUCACCGUCUGCUUCAGUGUUGUGGCUUUCUUCGUCCUGCCCAACCAUCCUAACGAGGUCCGCACUUUCAAUUCUGAAGAAGCCAAACGUUAUGCAGACCGCCUGCAGCUUGACGCGGAGUUUCCCAACACGGAACGGGUGACACUGAAUGGAGUCCUAUCGGUCUUUGCGACUCCUCACAUCCUGAUUUUGUUUCCAAUCAUGUUCGCCUCAGCAUGUUGUCUGUUUGGGAUGGCUUAUUUCACGCCUACCAUCGUGUCCGGGAUGGGGUAUAGCUCGACACGGACACAGCUGAUGACAGUGCCGCCCUUUGCAGUGGGAUUCGUCGUCUGUGUGGCCACCUCAUACCUCUCCGAUCGACAUAGAAAGCGUGGAUUAGCCGCUAUAAUCACUGGAAUGGUGGCUCUGAUUGGUGUCAUCAUGUUUUAUCGAGGUCGCAGCAAUGCGGUUCGCUAUGCCUCCUUAUUCCUUGUUAUCUCCGGGCUGUACGCCAACGGCCCGUGCUACCUGUCCUGGAUCCCCAACAACACGGCAGCCCAUACCCGGCGAGCUACGGCAAUAGCGACAUGCUUUGUUUUCACCAACUCGGGAGGAAUUCUGAGCGCGUGGAUCUUUCCCUCGGAGCAGGCGCCUUACUACCCAUUGGCGUCCAAACUGAUCCUGUCGAUGACCGUGGUGACACUUGUUUUUACGGUGGCAGAGAUGUGGAUGCUCGAAUGGCUCAACAAGAGAAAGGAGACGCCGGAGUACAGAGAAAAGCUGCUGGGUCAGGUUCAGGGGAUGGACCUAGCCGAACAGUUCGUCAAGCUGGGGGAUGCACAUCCCGACUACAAGUAUUUCCUUUGA